UUAUUGUUACAUUUAGAAUUAGAAGAAACACAAGAUUUGUUUCGAUACUUAUCUCAGAGAGAAGAAGUUGAAAACAAAAAAAAUCAAACGAAAUUGUAUCAGAGAGAGAGAGAAAAUGGGUAUCCAAGAAACCGACCCGUUAGCCCAAUUGAGCUUACCACCGGGUUUCCGGUUUUAUCCGACCGACGAAGAGCUUAUGGUUCAAUAUCUCUGCAGAAAAGCAGCCGGUUACGAUUUCUCUCUUCAACUCAUCGCUGAAAUCGAUCUUUAUAAAUUCGAUCCUUGGGUUUUACCAAAUAAGGCAAUAUUCGGAGAAAAAGAAUGGUAUUUUUUUAGUCCAAGGGAUAGAAAAUACCCAAACGGAUCAAGACCAAACCGGGUAGCUGGGUCGGGUUAUUGGAAAGCUACCGGUACGGAUAAAAUCAUCUCGACGGAAGGCAAAAAAGUUGGUAUAAAAAAAGCUUUGGUUUUUUACAUCGGAAAAGCUCCUAAAGGCACUAAAACCAAUUGGAUAAUGCACGAGUAUCGUCUAAUUGAAUCCUCUCGUAGAAACGGAAGCUCUAAGUUAGAUGAUUGGGUUCUAUGUCGAAUAUACAAGAAGCAAUCAAGCGCACAAAGACAAAUUUACGAAAAUGCAAUCGCGAGUACGAGAGAAUUUAGCAACAAUGGUACCUCUUCAACGACGUCGUCUUCUUCUCACUUUGAAGACGUUCUUGAUUCGUUACAUCAUGAGAUCGACAACGGGAGAAACUUCCAGUUUUCUAAUCCAAACCGGUUCUCGUCGCUUAGACCGGAAUUAACCGGAGAGAAAACCGGGUUCAACGGUUUAGCGGACACGUCGAGCCUCGACUGGGGUAGAUUUGGAGGCAAUGUUGAGCAUAACUCGGGUCCAGAACUCGGAAUGAGUCAUGUUGUUCCCAGUCUCGAGUUCAAUUCUGGCUACCUGAAGACGGAGGAGGAAUUUAACAACUCGGACGAGUUGGCUCAAAAGGGUUAUGCUUUUGACUCGGUCGGGUUUGGAUAUCCGGGGCAAGUCGGUGGGUUUGGGUUUAUGUAAUGAUGCAAUGCUGGCGUAAUAAAAAGAAGAGAAAAUGUUUUAAGUCUUUUAAUUUUUGUUCUGUGGCAAAUUGUAUUUGGUUUCCGAUUCUUUUGGGUUUAUAGGUAGACUCAUAGACCUUUAAAUGUAGAUUUGUAAUCUGUCAUGCCUAGAAACAUUGACAGUUAGAUUUUGUAACCUUUUUAUUUGUAGAUCUUUUGUAUUAGUAUAAUAAACUUAAUGAAUUUGCAUAUU